AUUCAUGCUGACCAAUUUCCUUUUCCGCUCUACACAGGAAGCAAACACUGACUGAGGAAGUGUCAUUGCAGAAAACGUUUGACAGAUAAUACAGAAAACAAACGCAAGAGAGCUGUCGGCUGAGACCCCAGAGCCCGUGGAUGGAAGUCAUGGGUCCUGAAAGAAUUCUUCCGAACUCCGAGGAGGAAUUGGGACACGACCGUCCCUCCGACGGAGGAGCCGUGCCCGAGGAGUGGAGCGGAGAGGACAUGGAGGAAGAUGAAGCAGGUGCCCCUGACGAAGAGGAUGAAGACAACGGAGGCUACUAUUACCAGCCCCUCAACCAAGACCCGGAUGGAAUGGUGUCGGUGCCCACCGAACAACCCGAGGACGCGGGCUCACACGCCGACCAGAUUCAAGAUGUCCAGGAACGAAUACAGGCGAUGGGUCUGCACCUGCCCCAACCCCCCGCUCCCGACAGCGAUGAUGAAGACGACCCGGAGGGCGCGGCUGCCAACAGCAGUCGAGCCUCCAUCCCCAUGGACGCUGACCACGUGGAGCUGGUGAAGAGGACCAUGGCUGCCGUGAACCUGCCCUCGCUGGGCAUCCCUCCCUGGGCACAGGACAUCUCCGACGACCAGUGGAAGGACAUGGUCCAGCAGACGCUGCAGACCCGGCAGAGCGCUGCCGAGCUCCCACUGGAGCGCAAGUGAGAAGUGGACGUCACGGCUGGACACACACACACACACACCUCCGCUACACACACUUCAUCUCGCUAUUCCCUCUGCGUAAAAGACAAUUGUCCAGGAGUUACUGAGAUUAUGAGAGAUGUUGAGAAGGAAUUUAACUUUCUUGAUAAAAUGUUGAUCAGAACAGAAAGGUGAAAAUAAAUCUUAGAAUUGUGUCUUCAAAUGGAGGAUCCAUUCAGCUAAUUGUGAGACUAGAACAUAAUUGAGAGACCAGACUGUUGAGUGGAAAAAAACACGAUUGCGGCUUACCGUCCAUGCAAAGACCUCGUUAUAUAUGAGACGAAGUUGAAGAGCUUCUGCUGAAAUCAUAAUGUCCACGAGGACAUGAGAACAUCCCAUAAUAUCCAUGAGGAAAUGAGCGCCCCCCUCCCCCCCAUCUCAACAUUCAUAAUAAGUAUUUCAUAACAUUCAGCUCAUGACCUCAUUUCAAACCUCCUCCUGGCCCGCGCUGUGAGGCUGCACACACACGGAGAAGCAGAGUGCGUGUGUGCAUGUGUUUGUGCGUGUGUGUGUGUGCGCUACAUGGGCAGGUGUCCACGGAGCAGGGAGAGGCAGGAGCCCUCACUAAAACCCACUAAAAAUGUCUAAAGCAGGUUAAUAUGAUGGUGCUGUUGGCAUGAGACUAGCCCUGUGUGUGUGUGUGUGUGUGUGUGCGCUACAUGGGCAGGUGUCCACGGAGCAGGAAGAGGCAGAGUGUGUGUUUGUGUGAGUGUGUGUGUGCGUGCGCUACAUGGGCAGGUGUCCACGGAGCAGGGAGUGUGUGUGUGUGUGUGCAACAUGGGCAGGUGUCCACGGAGCAGGGAGAGUGUGUGUGUGUGUGUGUGUGUGUGUGCUACAUGGGCAGGUGUGUGUGCUACAUGGGCAGGUGUCCAGUGCUACACAGCUGGAGUAGAACACUUUCCUUUUACUUUUUAAAACAAGUUCCGUCUAAAUACCUGCAGUACCUGCCUGACCAAAGUCUUAAUUCAAAGUGAUCUGUGUUGCACAAGGGCAUCACUAAACUUAGUUGAUGUUAACAAGUACGUCAAGUGGAGUGUUUGCUGACGUGAUCAUGUAAGUGUUUGUGUGCAUUUUAAUUCUCAAAUGUAAGUGUAAGUGUGGGAGUGCAGUCCUGUGUGUGUGUGUGUGUGUGCUGGUCAGUCCUCUGUGUGCUAUUGAAAGUGUGUCUGUGUCUCCCAUACUGGCCCAUGCCACAUGCAGAUCAAAAACACUUCAUUGCCUGUAAAGUCUUUUGUUUUUGACUUUAUUUUUGUUCUGUACAUACAUGAACAUCUGUACAAAAUAUGACUUUCAUACUAUGUAAUGCUCUACCUAAUAAAAGUACAACAUAUGUACAUAUAACCUGGAAA